UUCCUUAGCUUGUUCAAGGCGGAACCUUCCGAAGGGACGCUUUAUGCGUGAACGCAAGCUGUUUCCGGUUAAGUUUGAAUUGUUAGUCUUUUGUCAGCAGCGACUGAAGCUAUGUCCACGCUGUUUCCGUCGUUGCUCCCGCGGAUAACAGAGUCGUUAUGGUUCAACCUGGACCGACCGUGUGUGGACGAGACGGAGCUCCAGCAGCAGGAGCAGCAGCACCAAGCCUGGCUGCAGAGCAUUGCUGAGAAAGACAACAACCUAAUGCCCAUUGGAAAGCCAAUAUUUGAGGCAGGCUAUGAAGAGGAGGAAGAAGAAGACGAUGAGGAUGAGGAGGACAGCGAAGAAGACUCAGAAGAUGAGGAAGACAUGCAGGACAUGGAUGAGAUGAACGACUACAACGAAUCGCCUGAUGACGGCGAGAUCAAUGAGGUGGACAUGGAAGGAACAGACCAAGAUCAAGACCAGUGGAUGAUUUAAGACUCAGGAUGAUUUUAGUCCCAAACAAACCAUCCACCCUUGAACUUCUACUCCAGCUGCUGCUUUCCCCCCACCAUGUGAUGCAGAUAGGUUUAUUUUUUGUGUUUUUGGCAUAAAGAUCUAUUUGGAUCACCACAAGAUACUUCAGGAGGAGGUUGGCACUUUUGACUACCAUCAAGCUGUAACUCAUCAGACUUGAAAUACCUUAUUAGACCCUGCUGUGAAUGUUUCUACCUGUUAUUUAUUAGUGUGAGUGAUGUGCGUGAAGAUAAUGCCACUUGUCCUGUUUUUAUGGUAACUCCUGCUACGUUUAAACGUUAGAUAAGAGUGCUGUCUGCUGCUCUAAAAUAGACCCAUAUAUGCAACGCUAUAAUUUUGUAGAAGGAUUGCUGAGCACGUCCAACUGAGCUCUCCUUUAAACUUUGGCCUUGUCACUUCUUCUGUCAUGUGCUUCAACUAAACGCAUCCAAGCAGCAGCCUGACUACAACCAGGUUCAGUCAGCAAACUCAUUUUUUACUAAUGUACAGAAACACAGAGCUUAGUUGGUAUUUAUAACUUUAUGGUACAAUAUUGGAAAUUAUACAGAAUCAGUUGCAGGUUUGAGACAAAUCAUUCUGACUACGCCUUGUUUUUUUUUCUUGGAAAUGUUUAUUUUUCUUAUAAUGAAAAAUUAAAAUGCAGUGUGACUGUUUGUAAGCUGAAUGUAUGUUGACUUAAAGGGAAUGAAUGUGUGAAACUGAUAAAGGCUUGUUUUGACUCAGUUUUAAUAAAAAGUGCAGUUAGAA